AUGGAAUCACAAUAAACACCAAAUGGAACAAAUAUCAAGAAGGAAAUCACAAACUCGACUCACGUAUAUGAUGUGGUUAUUAUUGGAGCGGGCAUUUCAGGCCUCGGAGCUGCUAAUCACUUAAAAGAACAAGGAUAUGAAAAUGUAUUAGUACUGGAGUCUUAAGACAGAGUCGGAGGAAGGAUAAGCUCAUAGAACCUGAGUGAUGAAGUUGUAGUCGACUUGGGAGCUUCUUGGAUUCACGGCGCUGGGCCAGGUGCUAAUGAAAUACCCGAGUGGAGAAAUAAAUUAAACCCAAUUUACGAGCUUGCAAACAAACUUAACAUACGAACUGUCAAAACAUAAGAUGAUGUUUACGAUUCUUCUUAAUAAAAAUAUUAUUGGUACAAGGGAGGUGAAAUGCCAAGCGAUAUAUUCCAAGUAGUUGAUAAAUUCAGAAGCUACUACGAGUAGCAUUGUAAGAAAGCUAAUAAAAAGCUUAGCAUUCAAGACUUGUUCAGUAAAUUUGAUUUUGGACCAUAUCAAGACGAUGAAAAAGUUAAGAGAUUUAUUCUAGUUUCUGAUUUUGAGAGUGAAUAUGAUGGUGAUUCGAGUUAAUUAUCAGCAAGUCAAAUUGAUAAUUAGUCGUAAUUUGACGGUGAAGACAGAAUAUUCCCUCUAGGUUAUUCCUAGAUUCCCAACGCUCUUGCAUAAAGUAUCAGAAUUAACUUAAAUUCAAAAAUUAAAAACAUAGAUUACACUCGUGAUAUUAUUGAUAUCCAAACCACAAACAACAUAUUAUAUAAAGCACGUAAAUUAAUAGUCACAGUCCCACUAGCUAUCCUGGCAUAAAAGGUAAUAAACUUUACUCCAGUGCUGCCAGCUAAGAAGAUUCAGUCAAUUAAUAGACUGGGUCAAGGACUCCUCGAUAAAUUAAUAAUAUAAUUUGAGGAGGUUUUCUGGGAUAAGAACAUUGACUGGUUGACAUAUGUAUCUGAUGCGGAAUAAUCCGACUGGGCUGUAAGCUUCAAUCAUCAUAAAUACUUAAGUCAGCCAGUGAUUACGAUGUUCAACACAUACAAUUCAGCUGUAAAGUUUUCUCACUUAAGUGAUGAGGAGCUUGUUUCAUCUGCUUUAGUCGCUUUAAACACCAUGUACCCCAGGGCAAAAGUGACUAGAGAAAAAAUUAAAGGUUUCAAAAGAUCGAACUGGAGUAAUAAUGAACAUGCUAAGAUGUCAUAUACUUUUGCUAAGGUCGGUUGUACACCUGCUGAUAGCGAAGAGAUCGCAAAAGGAGUGAAUAACAAGGUGUGGUUUGCAGGGGAGCAUACUUGCUUUGAUUUCUUGGGUACUGUUAAUGGUGCCUACAUAUCUGGGUUGAAAGCAGCCUAGAAUAUUAUACAGUCUCUUAAAGCUUGA